AUGGUGCCUGCGAUGAUGGUGCCGCGGACGGCGCUGCUCCUUUGCUGCUGCCUCCUGGCGUUCCCGCCACCUGGUCCGCUAGCCGUUGAAGCUUUUGUAGGCGGUUACGGGAUAAACUAUGGGAGAAUAGCAAACAACAUCCCUUCCCCUGAUAAAGUGGUGGAGCUCCUGAGGAGAGCAAAGAUAAGGAAUGUUAAGAUAUACGACGCGGACCACAGUGUUCUCGAUGCGUUCAAAGGAUCUGGGAUCAACCUGGUCAUUGCAAUCCCCAAUGGGCUAGUCAAAGAUAUGGCCGCAAACACAAGCCGUUCGAUGGACUGGCUAAAUCAAAAUGUGCAACCUUAUCUCCCUGAGACACGCAUCGUUGGGAUCACUGUGGGAAAUGAGGUGCUGGGAGGCCAGGAUCAAAGCUUGUAUCAGCCACUUGUUGAUGCUGUGAAGAACGUGUAUGAUGGACUCAAGAGGCUCCACUUGGAGAGUAAAAUUGAGCUUUUCACACCUCAUUCGGAAGCUGUUUUUGCUACUUCUUAUCCACCCUCUGCAUGUGUGUUCAAGGAAGAGCUCAUGGCAUACAUGAAACCUCUCCUCGACUUCUUUGCAAUGAUUGGCUCACCUUUCUAUGUCAACGCAUACCCCUUUUUGGCUUACAUAAGUGAUCCAGAACAUAUUGAUAUCAAUUAUGCUCUCUUUAAACCCAACAAGGGAAUAGUGGACCCGAAUACUAGCCUGCACUAUGACAACAUGUUUGAUGCUCAGAUAGAUGCAGCUUACGCUGCUCUACAUGCUGCUGGUUAUGAUGACAUGGAGGUUCGAGUGGCAGAGACUGGCUGGGCUUCUAGCGGGGAUCAAAAUGAAGCAGGAGCUUCAUCUGAGAAUGCAAGGACAUAUAAUUUCAAUCUUCGUAAACGGCUAUUUCUGAGGACAGGAACUCCUUUGAAGCCAAAGAGACCAGUCAAAGCAUAUAUAUUUGCCUUGUUUAAUGAGAAUCAGAAGCCUGGAGCUGGCUCUGAGAGGCAUUAUGGGCUGUUCCUUCCUGAUGGAAGGAUUUCAUAUGACAUCGGUGUCUCAGGUCUACUACCUUCUUCUGCAUCCUCAUCAGUGCUGUCCAUUAAGAUGACUGUUGACUUGGAUUGA